AUUAGUAAAAGAAUAUGAAAUUUCUAGAACUACUCUUCAUCAUGCAAUAGAAAAUAAUAGUCUUUCUAAUCAUCGAGGUCUACUUAUUAUUCUAACUAAACAUGAAGAAACCCAACUUGUUGGAUAUUGCAUUAAUAUACAAAAGCUUGGGUUUGGUCUAACUUGGUCUGAUCAUCCUAAGUUAUCAUUUUGUGUCUCCCAAGAAUUAUCUGAAGCUUGUGCACAAAGAGCAAAUGUAGUUAUUAUUAAAGACCAUUUCGAUAAACUUAAACAAAUAAUUAAUGAAUACUCACUUAUUGCAAUGCAGAUUUGGAACAUAGACAAAACUGGAUAUGUUUUUAUAUCUAAAUUAGAAAAAGUUAUAUUGAAAAAAGAAGGUGCACCUUUAGGAACUGUGAUGGGUUUUACAAGUAUUAAUCACAAAAGCUAUAUUAAUUAUACAAGUGUUGAUUUCUAUCACAAAAAUAAAAUUCUUCUUUAUGUGCUUUCACCUCAUACAAUGCAUGUUUUACAGCUCUCUGAAAUUCCUUUUGCUAAAUUAAAAAAUAAAUAUGAUAAGAAAUGUGCCAAAUAUAAAAACAACAAUAAUGGCAAG